AUGGCGAGAAAACUGCCAUGGAAAAGGACAUCCGAGUCCUCCACAAGCAAUACGGCAGGAAGAACAGCAGCUCAAAGCCCCAGGGAGCAUCCUUCAGGCUUAAGAUCGACGGCGCAAGAUGACAGCCGUGAUAUCUUGCGAACGCCAGUGUCGCGUAGAUACCAGCGCGUUUUGGAUUCAGAUCCUAUCCGAAGUCCGUCUACUUCGCCUCCUCCAGAGCGGCCUCAUGAAGAAUUCAUGAUUCCAGGGCCACUCAAUGAUGAUAAGUACAGGAUGGUCGAUGAUGAGUUUCUGCACAUCGCUCAGCGCUUCACGGCGCAUCUCCAUCGUGCAGAGUACGAUCGCCUCAAAGCACUAGCCAAGGCUCAAAAUGCGGCUACCAUUCGCGAGAUUGAGCGGCCAGUCGUGGUAGACGCAGUGCCAACUAUGAGAGCAAGGCAGAGAAGCGAUUUGGCUCAGCGGGACAUGAAGCAGCGUAAGACACUGGAGGGUGACGGAGAAGCAAGGGACGAUGAGAGUGUGCUGCCGUCUCUGGCGAGAACAAAUCUGCGGGGCUUGAUGGAGGCACCGAGGCGGGAGGGCAGGAUUAUUAUGCCUUCUGCAAGUGCUUCAUCGUCAUCGAGUAGGACGAGAGCGGCUGCGGGCUAUUCGAGCAAAUCCUCGCCACAGCGGGAUCAUCGAAGCCGUGCGAGAUCACCGCCAACAUCAAUGCCAUCGUCCUCCAAAAGGAUCAAGUUUGAACCGCCCUCUCAUAUACGCCCAAGUACGACGUCGCGCAGAACCGUUUUACCAAAUCCCCAUACAAGCCCUCAGGCCACAUCCUCAUCCUCUACAGGAACGGCUCACAAAAAGAUUCCUCACUCAGAUCGUAAAAAUGAUGAUCGUCAAUCUAUUGACGGUCUUGACGAGUUGGAUGAUGAUCUUUUUGGGCUGCACAAGCGCAUGAUGAAUAGAAAAAAGUCAAGAGAACAGUUCAAACGACCAGAGGUCAAACAAGAAGCCAAACAAGAACCAAAGACGAUUGAUUUGGGCUCCAUACCGUCCUUCUUAUAA